UUUUUUUGGUCUCUCGAUCAAUACGUGAAAACAACGUCUGCUUCCUCCGGCUGCGUUAGUGUUAUCUUUCCCGCUCUUUACUACGCCAAUUUGCAGUGAAACAGAUAGAUUGGUCAGUCAUAUGUAUUCUCUGUUGAUCCAUGGAAGAAAGUCUCUUUUGAGAGGUUCAGUGCAAAAUGCUUUUACCAGUUCGUUCACCACCUUAAGAGAGGCUCGAAAAGGGAUUUUAGGGAAGAAUUUGCCAAUCCUCACUUGGCUUGUAGGUCUAACUCCAAAACAGACUGAAUGGUUGUCGAGGAUAGCCUACUACGGUCAAGAUUCAGUUGUGAUUCUUUUUAGAUUACAAGGGCUCACCGAUUCUCAGAUCGACGACAUAAGGGAUAGUUACCCACAUUUUCUGAAAUUAAGAGGUCCGUCCCUUUCCCCCAAGCUUAGGUAUCUGCAGUCGAGAGGAGUUACAAGCUUUGAGCUCUAUGAUAUUCUGCUGAAAAUUCCUGAAAUCUUGGAAAUAAAAGGGCCGGAAAUUACCGGCUUAUACUAUGAUGUCUUCAAAGACAUCACAGCAGCGGAUAAGAGUUCCACAGUCGGAGAUUUAGCUCUUUCUACUUUGCCAAAAGGUGGUAAGCAGGAGAAUGUCAUGAGAAAUGUAAGGGCUCUGAGAGCACUUGGUGUGCCUCAGAAGGUGUUGUUAUCCUUGCUUACAUCCGAUGUCAAACUUGUUUAUGGUAAAAGAAGAUUUGAAGAAACCGUCAAGCUGGUUCUUGGUAAGGGUUUUGAUCCCACGAAGCCUAAGUUUGUCGAGGCUCUAAAAAUUAUUUACAAAAUCAGUGACCGAACAGAUGAAGAAAAGAUCAAUAUUUAUACGAGGUUAGGCUUUGCUGAGGAGGAUGUAUGGUAUCUUUUUAAGAAGUUUCCAAGGAUUCUGACACUCUCGGAGAAGAAUACAUUAAACUUCGCUGAAGCAUUUCUUGGCCUAGGAUUCAGCACCGAUGAGUUCAAGAUGAUGUUAAAACGACAUCCUUCAUGCAUUACAUAUUCUGCAGAGUUAGCGACGAAGAAGAUUGAGUUUCUAGUGAAGAACAUGAAUUGGCCUUUGGCUGGAUUGCGUCCUAAGCUGCUUUCAUACAGCAUGGAGGAGAGGAUUGUACCAAGGUGUAACAUAGUUAAGGCUCUCACCUCCAAAGGAUUGAUUGGAAGUGAACUUCCCUCGGUAUUCACUGUUUUGAUUUGUACAAAUCAUGUUUUCUUAAACAGGUUUGUGAGAAAUCACGAUGACAAAGAGCUUGUGGCUGAGUUGAUGGCUAUUUUCACUGCCCGUGGGGAGAAGAUAAAGGUCGUGGAAAGUGGCUUAGUGUAGAAUAGAAAAAAGUAUUGGAGAACUCUUCUUGAGCCAGAGGGUUAUAUAAACUCUCAAUAAGCUCAGUAUUAUGUCGUUUAAAUCCUUAAGCUUUUGUAUUUAAACUUGAUUCCAGAUUCUUGAUCUCUCUUAUCUU